AUGGCUGAACUACGUGAUCAGGUUUCCCAGUACAUAGGUUUUGAACCUAACAAAAUUCGUCUUCCAAUCACAGAAGAGGAUAGACAGGUAUUUUGUAAAAUAAUAACAGAACAGGAAGGAAUGACAGAUAUUGUAAUAGAUGACUAUCGAUUUUUACAACAACAUGGGCAUAAUGGUAAGGGAAGUGAAUCCAUUCAUAUUGGAUGGUUAUUAGCAUGUAUGAUAGCCCACGCUGAAAAGAUCUUAAUAAAUCCACCCAAAGAUUUAUCAGAAAAGGUAUUAGCUCACAUCGAAAAAAGAUUCAAAGAAGUCCUACUUGCGCCAGUACUUAUAUG